AAAAUUUUGGAUACAAUUUCUCUUGAAAUUCCCAAACAACCCAAUUCCUCGCCGUCCCUCUCGAACGACUUCAGCAACGGUUCUCCGUAUUGCCGGCGAGUGACUCCUCUGGAAACUCUUAAAGAUGGUUUGAUCUUCAUUUGCAUUGUUUGGUUAAUGUUUUGAUGUCAGACGCUUCAGAGGCGUGAAGGGUAGUGUGGCAUUAACUUGGCUAAUACCAAAGCGUGCAAGAUGUCAACUGGGCUUGGACUUGAGUCUCUUGUAGAUCAGACCAUUUCAGUCAUUACAAAUGAUGGACGAAAUAUAGUGGGAAUCUUGAAAGGUUUUGACCAGGCAACAAAUAUAAUUCUUGAUGAAUCCCACGAAAGAGUUUUUUCUACUAAGGAAGGUGUCCAGCAACUUGUUCUUGGUUUAUACAUCAUUAGGGGUGACAACAUUAGUGUUGUAGGUGAAUUAGACGAAGAUCUUGAUUCGAGGCUGGAUUUGUCGAAGCUCAGGGCUCAGCCCUUAAAGCCUGUUAUCCACUAAACUACCUACCUUACCAGUUGUUUGUUAACUUCUCGGUGGAAAGGUGUGAGUCUCGAGUAUGGAGGGUUAUUCGAUCAUGUGAGAGAAAGGAAGUUGUAAAAUGAUGUGUAAGAGCAAGCUGGCACAAUCACAAUAGUGUGCAAAGCAUUGUUUCUCCUUCGGCUUGGAGAUAGUGACUUUCUCAUGCGGGUCUUGACUUGAGAUCAUCUUCUACUUACCAGACUUGGACAAUUUUUCUGAGACAACCUUACUUUAGAAUAUCCGUUUUGUCAAUUAAUGUAACUAAUACUAUAGGUUGCUUAUCAGUCAAUCAUUUGUUUGUUUUA